UCCGCGGAGCCGCUCUCGCUGCCCCGCACCUCCUGCUCGCAGCGCCUCCGGGAGCCGGCGGCCCCCGCCGCCUUCCCGCCAAGAUGGAGCAAACAUGUGAUGAUAUAGAUGAAAUGUUCAGCAAUUUACUUGGGGAAAUGGAUAUGCUAACCCAGAGUUUAGGAGUGGAGACUCUACAACCUCCAUCUCCCAAAGUGUCCAACAAUGAAUUCAGCUUUACAGUUGGUUUUAAAGAUUUAAAUGAAUCUCUAAGUACCCUAGAGGACAAAGACCUGGAUGCUUUAAUGGCUGAUCUGGUAGCAGAUAUAAAUGAUGUUGAACAGAGAACUUUACAAGCCCAGAAAACUACAGGCAACCACCAAAGUACAGUUACUCAGCCAUCAACAAGCUUGGAUAGUGACAUUUAUUCUAAAUCAAGUCCCUAUGUUACCAUUACUAGACAGUUCGGGGAUGACUUGCCCCCUCCACCUCCAGACCCUGGUUUAGACCUUCCACCACCACCACCACCACCUCCUCCUGAGCCACUCACCCAGGAAGAGCAAGAGGCACAGGCUAAAGCUGACAAGAUUAAACUUGCGUUGGAGAAACUGAAGGAAGCCAAAGUUAAAAAGCUUGUUGUCAAGGUGCACUUGUCCGAUAACAGCACCAAGUCGCUAAUGGUGGAUGAGCGUCAGGUGACACGGGACGUUAUAGACAAUCUCUUUGAGAAAACCCAUUGUGACUGCAACGUCAACUGGUGCCUGUAUGAAAUGUAUCCAGAACUGCAAAUCGAAAGGUUUUUUGAAGACCAUGAAAAUGUUGUUGAAGUAUUAUCAAACUGGACUCGAGACACUGAGAAUAAGAUUCUGUUUUUGGAAAAAAGUGAAAAAUACGAUUUAUUUAAAAAUCCCCAGAAUUUCUACCUGGCAAACAAAGGGAAGAAUGAAAGCAAAGAAAUGAAUGAUAAAAACAAAGAAGCUUUGCUGGAGGAAAGCUUCUGUGGGACAUCUGUCAUUGUGCCAGAGCUUGAAGGGGCCCUUUAUUUAAAAGAAGAUGGAAAAAAGUCCUGGAAGAGGCGUUAUUUUAUUCUACGAGCUUCUGGAAUUUAUUAUGUAACCAAAGGAAAAACCAAGACAUCCCGGGAUCUGGCAUGCUUUGUUCAGUUUGAGAAUAUGAACGUUUACUAUGGCUGUCAGCACAAAGUGAAAUACAAGGCACCUACAGAUCACUGCUUCGUCUUAAAGCAUCCCCAGAUUCAAAAGGAGUCACACUAUAUCAAGUACUUAUGCUGUGAUGAUAAAGCAACUCUGCACCAGUGGGUAACAGGAAUAAGAAUUGCCAAGUAUGGCAAGAUGCUGUAUGAUAAUUACAAAUGUGCAGUGAAGAAAGCUGGCUUGUCCUCUCGGUGGACAAAUCAAGGGACGGUGGAACCAGCUGCCCCUGCAGGAUUCUUAUCAGCAGGUGUUGUUCAGCCAAAUGGACAGAUUCCCCAAAUUGUUCAUCGUCCCAGUGCAGAAUUGUCAGAAACUCAGAAGAAAGUGGAUACACCAGAGGUACAGGCUAAGUCAAAUCACAUCGAGGCACGUGGUCUGGCACAGUCAGUGAUGAGGCUACAGAAAUCCGAGAGUAGGAGGAACUCCCUGCAGCCUCCUCCUCCACCUGAGAGGCGGUCAUCUGCUAGUUCUGUUUCACCAGUUCUACCCUCCAAAGUCAAACGAGACAGUGGCAUUUACCUCUCAGAUCCAGACAGCUUUCCAGCACCACCACCUCCAUUGAAGAUGGAGUUUCCACCACCAUCACCGUCUGAUUUCUGCGAAUCUCCUCCUGAUUUUGUACCUCCACCACCACCAGCCUCCAGCAGUGGUAAUGGAGACCUGCCAUUACCCCCUCCACCUCCACCUCUUUCCACUAAGCCACCACCUCCAACAAAGAAACCUGUGCCACUUCCUUCAAAAAGGCUAGAAAACACAGGACAAGCUGGAGAGCCACAGUCAGCUGGGCCUCCUCCCAUUGGGGGUGGAGGCAGGCAAGCAGAUUUCAUGUCUGACCUAAUGAAAGCUCUUGAGAAGAAAAGAGGCAGCAGCUCCUGAACUCUGGGAGCAGGUGGACUUCAAGCUCUAGCUGGUUUUGUGAGGCAUCAUGGAACGUUGUGCUGCAUCAUGCUCUUUCUGGAGGAAUUCUCCUUCAGAGUUCCUACUGGGGUUAUCAAAAAGAAAGUUGGGGUGCCCUCUGUCACUAUAACCUGCUCCUUCCCCCCUUCCCCCCCUCACCAUUAACUACCAUUUCAGCAUUAGGCUGAGGCAGGAAUUGGAUGUAGAGUCUUCCUUGCUCCAUCAGGACAGCCAGGGAUGGUGGAGCAGCACUCACAGAGCUGGCCAGCAAGUGAAAAGCAUCUCCUGUGGCUGCCUCUCUAGAAGAAUUGGAGUGAAGAUAAAAAUAAUACAGUGUUCUCAUGUCUGUUUUGAGAAGUGGGAAGAUCCCUUUCACAGAAUUCCCCUUAAAGGUUCUUCAUCAGAAAAACCCCAACUGUGGGGUUUUCUUCAAUAAAAAGACCCCUUUUUUUUAACAGUCUGUCUUAAAAAGUAAAAGAUCAGUUAGAUUAUUCUGAGCUGCAAGGCAGAACCAGGGCCAUUUUCAGACAGUGUCACCCCAAAUGUUACAGUCUCCUGCUUCCAUACACAACUGCAGCCAUACCUGUCAGCACUCAGAGUUACUUCCUUUAAAUCAUGUAUUUGGUUAAUCUUAGACAAAGAAAUUUUUAUUUCAAAAUCUUGUAUGCUUCCUUUGGUAAGCAGGGAUUUUUCACCCCCCAUUUGUUAACAUUUGUCUUCAAACUGUACCUAGAAAUAGCCUGUCUUCUGAACGACUUUGUAAUUAUCUUAUACCUGAUAAGAAUGUCUCCUCCUACAUUUUUUCAUUUGUUCUCCCAUUUUAGUUCUUUGUUGUUCAUUUAGGCAGCAUUGUUAGUUCUUAAAUAAAAGUAGCUUCUAUUUUC